CCCAAACCACCGCACGACGGGCCGCGGCGGGGCGCGGGGCGGGGCGGGGGCGGAUCCCGGGGCGGCGGGGCCGCUGCGGACGAGCCCGCGGAGCCGGCGCUGCCCCGGGGCCCCGCACGAUGCCCUACCUGCUCGUCAGCACCCAGAUCCGCCUGGAGGUCGGCCCAACCAUGGUGGGAGAUGAACAUUCGGAUCCCAACCUGAUGAACUACCUGGGGGCCACGAAGAGGAACAUGUUGGGUAACCACUUCUGGGAGUACUAUGUAAAUGAUGCACCCCGGAUAGUCCUGGACAAGCUGGAGAACUGUGGUUACCGAGUGGUCAGCAUGACAGGCGUGGGCCAGACGUUGGUGUGGUGCCUCCACAAGGAAUAGCAAGGAGGACUUCUGCGUUCCGCCUGGACAAGACCCUGCUGUGGAUCAUCUCACGCAGGACUGACAGCAAACUUUCCCCCUUGAGUAAUUCCUUUCUGUCCCAGACUCCAGGAACUCGUGUAGGUGUGUGUGUGUUGGGGGGGGGGGGGGGGAGUGCCAUGGAGGCAAAACUUCACCUAACAGAAGCUUGCCAUCCCAGCCAUUGCACAAGGCCUUAGAGGAGGAAUGUAUGCCCAAUCCAGACUAAAGGUAAAUCAUACGCAGAGAACAGAUGGGUCUAACUAUACAUUCGCCCAACUGGCAGUCUGGCAAAUACUAUCCUUUUACAUUUUAAUCAUCCUCUAUUUAGCAUGCAUUGGAGGGAGCUCAAAUAAGAGACUUACCAGUCUCUUCCUUAGGGCUGCCCCACAGAGGUGCUGAGCUGUGAGAGUUCAGAGCAUGCCGCCACCCAGUCUAUGGGAGGGCAGUUGGGAGGGGAGGCCAAACAUGAAUGGCACUCUCUCUCAUCUCUUGCAGCCAAAGUGGUGGCUGCUAAACCAGCACACUGCCCUUUGAGAAUCCCUUCAUUUGGCAGCAAGGCCAGUUUCUCUCCCCAAUGGAAUUGUGGUUAGCAGUGUCAGACUUUAAGUCCCAAGACUGCCAUUCAAGCAUAACACCUAGUUCCUGAAAUAGCCUUAGAGCAGCACAGGAAGGUCCAGUGGACAUUUCAGGUAUGGGCUGUGUAAUCUUAACAGCAGCAAUUGCAAUGCUGGAUUGUUUUGGACUGUGUGUAUUGAUCCUGCUGUAGUGGUAACACCAAUAAAACAUUUAUCUAAAGAGA